GGGAACAAUCCGGCCAUAACAAGAGAAAAGAGAAAUUCAUUGAAUUCCAAAGAUGAAUAUCAACCGAAAUUCAUUGAAUAAAAAAAUCAUGCACAAAGGAGCUUCCUUUGCGAGAUUGGAGACCGGAUCGUGGCGGGUCUUGGCCGGAGCGUGGCCUUUGAGGCGGAUCGGGUUGUUUGGUGGUGGAUCGGGGCGUUUGGAGGCAUUGGGACCGGAGAUGGGAGCGUUUGGGGCCAGAGAGGUAGUGACCGAGAAGAAGAAGAGAGGAAGAAGAAGAAGAGAUUCAGAAGAAGAACAGAGAAAAAAGACGAACUCAGAGGAGAAGAGAAGAAAGGGUGGCUGCUAGGGUUUCUGGACCCUCUGUUUUUUUGUUCUGCAGCUGCUAGGGUUUCAGAUGUUGUCGGCCCAGCUCCCCUAUUCACCCAUCAUCUAGGUUUUUCCUUUGCUUCAGAACGGUUCAAUCAACUCUAUUCCAUACGCGUUUUGGCAGAGUGUAUGGCAGAGAGAUGGAGCGGCUUGGUGAGGCUUAUGCCAUUGAAUCCCCUUCGUUCCAUAUGCAUUGGGAUCGAUCCUAAAAAAGAUACUUGGAGAGUGAAGGUUCGGGUUCUUCGUGUUUGGGAUAUGUUUCCAGUUGGUGAACCCUCAAAACCUUACGCUAUCCAUGUUGUGCUUAUUGAUGUAGAGGGUGUGAAAAUUGAGGGCAUCAUUAAGAAAGGGAUGCUAAAAAAGUUUAGAGGUGAACUGGUUGAGGGCAGUGUAUACAGGAUAACUUAUUUUAAUGUUAUUUCAAACUCCGGUGCAUUUCGUGCCACUGAGCAUGGGUUCAAGAUAGUAUUUAAUAGCCAGACAAAGGUUCGCAUUAUUUCAAUGUGGAACACUCGUGCUCGAUAUCUUCCAACUGUUCAAUCCUGCACAGAAGUGAUUUUGCUGGACAAGGAGGGUUCUAAGAUUCAAGCUUCCGUGUGUAAAGAUCAUAGGCUCAGGGGAGAAAUAUUUACUGGGUUUGUUUACAAGAUAUCGAAGUUUAAGGUGAUUCCUAAUACUCGUGAGCUUCGCUGCACAAGUCAUGGCUAUCGACUUGUAUUUAAUACACAUACCAUCCUCACUCUGUCUGGAGAUACAUCCAUCCCUCGCGAGGGUUGGAGUUUCUACGAUACGGGAUACAUAGAAAGAUGCAGGGGAAUCUUUUCACACUUAUCAGAUUUCAUUGGGGUGGUAUCAUCUGUAUCAGCUGUUUGGCGUUUUGUCACGGAAGGAAAGACAACCAAAAUGAUGAUUGUGGAACUUGGAGAUUAUGUGUACUUUCAUACUCUGAUCUUUAUUUCUAUUUGCUGGAGUUUUAGUUUUCUGAAUUUUGUUUUGUUGUUCUACAUUGUUUAA